AUGAGGAAGAUGACACCUUUACAAUCUGUUUUUGUCCAGUGUCUGCUGUUGGCUUCUGUGGUUCAGAUGAAUGGUCUACAUGAGGAGGGUACUUUCCUCUCAGCAUCUUUUGGAGAGAACAUUACAUUACGUUGUGCUUCAACUGAUGAUGUCCAGGUCGGAGCUAAACUUUACUGGUUCAGGCAAAAAUUGGGCAUGAAACCAGAGCUCAUCUCUUCAUACUUUAAGUAUGACCAAAAGAGUGAAUUUUAUGGAGAAUUUUUCAGGAGCAAUCGUUUCCAGCUGGAUUAUGACAAUAACAAAAAUGACUUGCAUAUCAAGAAUGUAAACAUCUCUGAUUCUGCUGUUUAUCACUGUGUACAAUGCUUGUUACACCAAAGUGAGUUCCUGGAAAGUGUCACUGUGAUUGUGAAGAGUUUGAAACCUACAGUUGAAGUCCAUCAGUCUCCACAUGAGGAAACAGAAGCAGGACAUUCUGUGGUUCUAAACUGUAGUGUCCAGACUGAGAGGUGUGAAGGACAGCACAGGGUUCACUGGUUCAAACAGUCUGAAGAGUCUGCAGCAGGAGUCCUGUACAGUCAUGGAGGAGGUCAUGUGGGUGAUGGGUGCAAGAACAAUGGAAAAAGUCCAACCAACUCCUGUGUGUACAGCCUCCCCAUACACAAUGUGAACUCAGAGCAGACUGGGACCUACUACUGCGCUGUGGCCGCCUGUGGACAAGUCCUGUUUGGGAACGGGACCAGGAUUGUAAUAAAAAAUGGAGAACACAGUAUAAUUAUUUACCUCUUGAGUGGAGCCUUGGCAGUCUCCUCAGUCUUGGUGAUGUUUUUGGUUUUCUCACUGUGCAGAGCCAAAAGGAAAUACAACAUUCUGUCCACAGAACUCAAAUGUCAAUCCAGAAUACUGGCUACGAAUGAAGGGGAGCAGGACGUGCACUCCCUCCAUUACGCUGCUCUGAGCGUCCAGCCUUCGUCCAGAAAACAGAGAGUCACCGCUCACACUGACUGUGUGUACUCCAGAGUUCAUACACAGGACUAAACAAGCACAUGGCUGCACCUCGACUGUUUUUGAUGUGUGCGUUUGUGCUUUGUGACUUGCUGCUUCCCUUUAAGAGGGGCUGUGAUGCUGAUUCAGAUUUUUUGGAGCUUUCUAACAUGUGUGCUGUAGUUGGGCAAUGAGUGUUGAGGAUGAGAAGAGUUCUGAAACUUCCACUGAUCAUAUGUGCAAGUGUGAACCAAAUCAAUGUGCCAACGAUACACAACACGAACAAUUUGAAAUGUGGAAAUGUGGAGUGUGAUGUUUUUAAAUGAAAGAGGGAGUGCAUGGUUUGAAUGUAAAUGGCGGAUACUGGGAUGUGCUUAGUCAAGCUU